CUGAUGCGUUGUAGCAAAACGUUGAAGCUUAAGAACAACUGAAGUACUUACCGUGUUUUCUUAAAGUGAAGCAGCGGGAUAUCGUCCUUGGUCACACUGCUUCGACUGCAGUUGAGAAGAGAUUACUGUUUGAUUAUUUUAUCUUAAAUUUGAGAUUGAAGAUGUCAGGAGUUUAUCAGUUUGCUUCUUCAGUGAAACCGGAGCAGAUGGAGGCUGAACUGUCGGCACAGCUUCAUGAUCUCAGGACUGAGAUUGAACACAAUGAGAUUUUACACAAAACAUCCUCCAAACCAUAUAGCUCUCUCCAUGUUCCAAAAGAUGCAUCUUACUUCCGUUUAGAGAGGCAGCAGGUUCUCAAUAAAGCACUGCAGGUUUCAUCUAUAAAGACGGUUUUGUCACAGGCUGAAAUAAGUCAGCAGGAGAUGGAAAGCUGUCUGAAUCUAGAGUACACACCUGAAAGUUUACCCUUACUCCUACAUCAGUUUUUUACAGAUCAAACUUAUAAACUGGCACAGUGCAAAUAUCAGCUGAUGCUCAGAUGGAGAAGAUUUGGACGGCAUUCCUCUGUCCUUGAGAAACUGUUUCCUCAUUACAAGAAGCAGACGAUGCUCUUGAACAGUGAGUUUGAGGAUUGUGUGCACCGGGCACGUCGACUGGCCGUGUCCAGAGAGAAGAUCCUGACAGGUGCUGAGAGCCCCAUCAGCGCGGUCACACAGGAUGAUGUCAUCAUUUACCUGCAGUGGCUUAUUUGUCAUCUGCACUCCAUGAAAACCAUCCACAGCUUUCUGAAUGUGCUUCAUUAUCUUCCUUCAACCGAAUGGAAUGAGAAACAGGCGUCUACUGUUGUAGAUUUGACGACAUCUGCCUAUUUUUCAGGGGUGUUUGUAUCAAUGUCAUCUGUCCCUGUGAACUCCAUCAAAAUAGAAGAUUUUAAAGCCCAGCUACAGUUUCUUCUCUCACACUAUAACAUCCAGUAUAAUACAGACAUCAUCAAGACAUCCGCGGAUGAACUGGAGCUCUACAGUAUGGUUAUCCACAUGUUCAGGACGGUGUUUAAAACUCAGGAGGAGAUGAAGACCUUCCUGCAGUACGACAGCACGGAAGCUACAGACAGAAAAUGGGGGACGAAGAGUCCGAACGCGGCUCUCAGAAAAGAGUCAAACUGGAUUCCACACAUACAUCUGAAACCGAAGCGAGACCCCUGGCAACAGAAGCAAAUUGCCAAACUCAAGGAGCUCAGAUCAAUGGAUGAAGUGCUUCAGAUGCACAGCAAGUUCCUCGAGGAGUCUGAUCUACAUAAAGUGACGGAUGCUUUGAAGCAAUACAGCGCAUCUGUUUAUCAACCAGACGACACGAAACCUUCAGAGACGCCGAGAGAAACAUCUGAUAUGUGGAGAAGCAUUUAUAACGCAACAAACAUCUCACAGGUGGACUGUGAAAAGACUUGGAUAAAGAAUGAAGGUGAGGUUUUUCUUCAUGAUGAGAAUGAAGACAAGGAUGACCCUGUAACAGUCGGAGGAGCUUUUGUGUCUUUAGUCUAUCUGCGACAUCUCCGGAUCCGAGAACUGAAGCGUAUCUGCCUGAGCGUGCUGAACUACCUGCGGUCAGUGGAGAGGACUCUGGUGAUGGACACGGCAGGUCUGAAGCUGCUCGAAGGAGACUUGGUGAGGGAUACGGAGGAGACGGGCUGGAUGACGGCUGCUGGUGGAGGCGACGGAGGUCCUGCGUCACAUCAUCACAUCUACGACACUCCUGUUGACCACAAGGUUCGCUGUGCCGAGUUCAUGGAGUUUCCAGAGGUGGAGAAUCUUCAUGACUAUUACAGCACGCAUGGGCGUUUCAUCCACACGCAGGACCAGCGAGGUCUCUACAUCAUGUAUGACGCGGCGCUGGUGGACCUGGAGGAGCUGGAGGACAGUGUGUUGCUCACGGCGUCUCGUUUCAUUCAGAUGAGCAGAGAUUCAAAUGCAUGUAAUGGAGGAGAACUUUACUCUUACGCUGGAAUGGAUGUCGAUCGAGUUGCCGUGCUUUUGGACAUCUGGACGUGUGAAACUGAAUUUCUGGAGCACAAAAUACAACUCUUGAAUUGCUACUUGGAGGCCUACCGACAUGUUACCGAUCCAGAGGAACGGUUCGGUUUGGCCCAGGUCAUCACAAACGUCACACACAGAAGACCUCAGAUAGAUUUCACCGCUGGAUACUUUGUUCAAGCUUACAGAGACACGAUAGUCUGUCUGCAAGGCCACAAAGAACUGAUCAGACAAGUGCUGAACAAACAGAUUGAUACGCAAAGACAGUAUCUGGAGAGGAUAUGGAGAGAAAGGCCGAAUGGUUUUGCUCGUGACUAUGGCCUGCCACCUAACUACAUCCCCAAACAUUUGGUAUCGGUCGGUGGAUGCUGGCCUGUUUUGAAGAGUGUGUAUUUACUGGAGGUUCACCCCUCCCUGUGUUUGGCAUCUCGGCUGUACGAGGGUCUUGAACGUGCGUGUGCUGAACUGUGUGAGAUGUACAGAGCUCAGACGGCGUCUCAGAAAUUGAACCUUGAGAAAAAGCUCCUGAAAUUGGCUUUGCAUCAUUGGCACAUUUUGGGCACUCCUGGUGCCACCCACAGUCCUCAAAUCCAGAGAGAUCUGUUCUCAGAUGUCUUUAUUGAGGACCCUGUGCUGGUCCGAGAGCUCGGCCUCAGCGCCGUGAGAUCUGCUGAAGAGCACGAGAGGAAACCAGGCAAAGAGAAACAGCUCUUCAUGGUGAAAACGUUCUGCACUUUGCUGGAACUGGUGACGGUCCGUCAGCGCAUCAUUGAGUCGGCAGCCGAGACCGAGCUCGUGUCCCGCUUAUAUAAAUGUCUAACCGCAGUGAUGGGCUUUGAUGAAUGUCAUUUAUAUAUGCGGCCGGUGCAGUUUGAGUUCGCCAUGAGGAAAGAGAUUCUCAAACAGCCUCCUGUCUUCAUCACUGCUCUUCACGAGGACAGACAGAAUGUCGACAGGUUUGUACCAACCAACCUGCCGUUAGCUGUUCAGGAACUUGAUGAGAAUCACAUCGGCAAAUUUAGUUUUCAAUCGAAAGAUGCCGUUUUACAGCUGAUGAAUCAGUCCAGUUUGGAGAACCUGCAGGUUGUUCUGGUUUGUCAGGUGGUACAUAAGAACGCUCUGAUUGGAGCAAUUAAACAGGCAUCCGUGUGCUACUGGGCUGAGACGUUUGAUCCAUCUUCACAUUUUACAGUCCAGCUAAUACAACAUGAAAGAUCUACAGCCUCUGAAAAGCAAAGACGUGACUUAACUAUUAGAAAAAGGCUCGCUGGAGCUUUUGUGUCCAUUCAGCUGGAGAAAGCGGCUUUCAGAGAUGAAAUGCUGAAUGCAUUUAUAAAGAAGAAGGAACAGACAGGCACACUGUUAAAGUUAAACUCCGAAGAAGUGGCCAAGAUGAAGAGAAAACUGAUCAUUGAGUUCUGUCACAAGUUUAAUAAACACAUGUCGCAGAGUUUUGUCCGAGGUCAGAUCGUGGCUCUUUGUCACAGUCUCACGUCAACACUCGCCGAGGUGCCGCACAUCCGUGAGAAACACUUUGUGAUUGGACAGCGAAAUGAAAUCAGACCAGACCAGCAGUCGGAGGAGAACAUGAGUCCAGAUCCAAGGACAUUUGAACCUCGACCCAGGAGACUUUUAUCAUCGGAUGGAAAUACUCUGAUAAACCUGUGGUUCAUCCCUCACCACACUGAAAUACUGCUUAUGUUCAGAGCUCUGGAAGAGAAGGAAUGUCACAAAGCUCUUCAGAACACACUUCAGAUCAUCUCAGCGCUUCAUGACAUCGUCUGUUACCUGGUGAGCUUUGCUCGACUGGGAAAUCCAGACGCGUCGUUCAACUCCAGCAGCUCUCAGACACUCACAGCCGACUGGGGAGGUGUAGAGGGCAUCGGGGCUGAGCUGUGGGAUAUGCAGCGACAGAUUGACUCUCUCCGUGAACCCAGACGUUCAGAGACUGUUGGCAGACUCCUGCGGUUACACAGAGAAGUCCUCUUCAUGUGCUUUCAGACCGCAGUGUGCUACAUGAUCAGGGAAGCGUUUCUGUCCUCCGGCAACAUCUCAGCCUAUCAGAGUGUGAGUGAGAACGUGAGCCACGCCCUCCCGAUCAUGAGUGACAGCGUGCGGGGAGGAGCCAGCUCUGUUCCUGAGCCUCUUGAUCCAGUCUGUCUUCAAGCUCAAAAACUGUAUCCAUGGAGAUGGUUCCUCGCAUGCUACGGAUCACACCCUUUCGUGGUAUGGGACGUCGCGCCGAUAGAGUAUUACAUGCAGCUCUGUCUGUGUGAUCUGAACGGCCGCUGUAGAAUGGAGGCCAAUGGGGCGAUUCUGGGCGUAUCUCUGGUCAUUGAUGAUGUUGUGAGUAGCGGGAGAUACGCCGCCCCGCUACAGCUUCAGAGCACAGGAGACAUCGCCAAUGUUCCCGAUAGAGAAGACAAGAUGGAAAAGGAAGAAAGAAAAACCAUGACUGGAGAUCCCAUCCGAUCACUGAUGAACCAGCGAGGAUUCUUACUCCUCUGGAAACAAAUGGAAGUCUUUAAAGAGAGCUGGACUCAACGACAGCUGGCUUCAGAGAGAAGCACCAGCCCUGCGCUUUAUAAACACAUCUCACAACUUUACAGGGCGGAGAUUUACUUUCCCAGCAUGCACGCUCUGGCACAGCAUAUGGAGAAAGAGAAGGAAUAUGAGAUGAUUCUGUCUCUGAAUGAGUCCGCUCAGCCGCCGCCAGGAGCGGCAGAGGUCGACAUUAAAACAUGGCAGCUAUUGCGACUCUUGGAGAUCACGGAGUGCGACAUGAUCCGAGCGCUUCAGAGGAGGAUUAACACUGAAACCACUCUGGUGAUGUCAGAGCGCACCCGGCAUGACACGAUGCUCCCCACAGAACUGUGGAAAAAGGCGUCCAUGGAGCACAGCUUCUCUCUGGAAAGACCUCAAAUAGUGGAGAACUUUAUGCAGCAGUUAAUGAACGGUGAUGAAGAAGAGACUGACGGACAGGUGAUGUUCUCUAAAGCUCAUCUUCAGGGAUGUCUGACUGAUCUUGCGUCUGCUGUAAUGAAUCGCGAGCGAAGCGUCUUUCUGCGUUACUCUCAGUUCUACGAGCAAAUCCUUCAACAGCAGGCACAUCUGCUCUACCAGAGAGAACAGGAUGUUAAAGAGCUAGAAGCCAAAGAACGGCAAGCGACUGACCCGUACAGAAAGGUGGCGGAGGUGUGCCGAGAGAAGAUGGUCGAGAUCACAGCUUUACGUGCCAGAGUUGCUCAACUAGAGGAGGAGAAGAGAAGCUUGGAUCACCAUCUCAACCUGAAACACAGACAGAGAUAUGACUCGCUGGUCCGUCAGCUCUUUUCCACAUGUAUUCUUUUGAAGUCACGUCUUGACCAAUAUCAUGCGAACAUGGAGCAAGAUGUGAGACGGCUGGUGAGCGGCGUGAGGACGGAAGCUGUGGAGAGAAUCGUCGGAAUGAAAAAUAAACUGUCCUUCGCUACAGACGAUGAGACCUACAGACAAACACUAGAUGAGAAAGAGGCAUUGGAAGGUCUUCAUGUGGAGAACGGUAAGCUGACAGGACUCUUGUGUAAACUGAAAGCCUUCGGUCACUGGAGGAUGGUGACCGGUCAAGACAAGCUGCAGAAAGAAGUGCUUCAAUUGAAACAGAAUGAGGUGUCCUGUCAAAAAGAGGCUCUUAAAUCAAAGAUGAUAUCUGAAGAGCAGGUGAACGUUCUGAACCAAGAGCUUGACGCCGUUCAGGAGAUGAUGGUGCAGUGCAAGAGCGACUACGACCGCACCAAGAGACAGAUCCUUCAACAGACUCGGAAGCUGCAGGAUGUUGAACACCGUUGGGUACGAGACGCACAGAGCCGUCAGGAGCUGGAGAACCUGCGCGUGCAGAGUCUGGAGCAGCUUCAGGAGGACGUGGUGGACAGAGACAGUCGAGUCAGAGCUCUGAGCGCACAGCUGGAGAGAAAUAACAGAGAGACGGAACUGCGACAACAACACAACCACAAAAGAAUCAAACACGUGAGAAGUCAACUUUGUCAGGAACGCACCCUGAAACGUGAAGCUUUUCAGGAAGUGGACAAACUACACAGUCAGAUCCACAGUUUUGAGGCGACUGUGCCCUCAGGACGACAAAGCUCCUCAAGAAUACUAUAUUUAAGAAACGCAUCCGCCGGUUUGCUGAGGAAUAACUCUGUUACGCAUUUCACAAACUCCAGUGUUAUGAGUAGAGAUUAUACAACAGAAGAGCUCAGUACUGACACUGGCUUCAGGGAGUCUUGGACACCACUGGAAAGACCAAAAACAAACACCAGUCGUCUACGACGUCUGGACAUCUCAGAGGCACCGUUGCCCAGUCUACCAGAUGGAAUCUCUUCACCAAACCACACGUCGUAUCAGAAUUUUAGGUUCGGUCACAAAUAAAUCACCUGAAACAUGUAUUAGAUGUGUAUUUGGGGGUGUUUAUGUGACAAUUUUAAAUUGAAAAUGAAAAACGUACACUACCGUUCAAAGUUUUGGGAACACUUGACAAAAAUAGAGUUGUGAAAGCAUAACUGAUUUCAUUAGAAAACGAAAUAUUUAAUAAGAAAAAGGUUUUGAAAUGGAUGAUUUGGACAAAAUAACCAGUAAAAGGCAGCUUUUGAUGGGAAUUCCUUCAAACCCGUUUAAAAAGCAUGUCAGGGUGAUAAAAUGACAAUUCUGCAAAUUCAAGGCAAAUGAUCACUACUUUGAAGACGCUAAAAUGAAACAUAGCUUUGAUUUGAUUUAGUUUUCUUUAGUCACAAUAUAAUUCUCGUUAUUUCACGUUGGAAUGCUUGAUUCUGAUUGGCCAGUCGUGACAUUUGCAGGUUCGUUAUUACCAGAUAACCUCCUCUCAAAACUAAUAACACACAGUAACCCGGAUGCAGCAAAUCAUUUUGACCUUUUUUUUACUAUUUAAAUGUAAAUGCUUCUUUUAAUAACAUAUAUGACAUUAUAUUUGCAAAUGAUUAAACCAAUUUGCCUGUUCGUGACAUUUGAACGUCGUUUCUUACCUUAAAAAUGAAAGUAAACAGCUUUUCCUCGUGGAAGGUCUGCAUUCGGUAAAAAUGAGCUAAUAAAAUAUUUCAAGUUCACAUUUCCAGUUUUUUUUCUCAUGUGGCAAGAUAACAUCCGGCUGCCUGUACAUUAUCCCUUACAUAACACAUUAUUGUUUUGAUGAUUUUUUUCAUUAUCAACUAAAAAAAUAUUUACAAGUAAUGAAUAAGUGAUCCUAAACUUUUGAACGGUAGUGUUGUCAUGUUAACACACCCAUAGUCACUUAAUAAUGGAUUUGUGUAGUAAAGACUAAGAUACUAAGAUAUGGAUUAAAAUAAAUUUUCGACUUGAGCACGAAUGACUUGCUUGUUUUUGCAUAUAUUGUUGAUAUAUAUUAACACAAAAAGUAUCCCCUUUAGAUGAAUACAGUUUAUAUCUGUACUGUUUAUUGUGAUGUGUCUUAUUAACAUGUUCAUUCAUUUUCAAAUUGCACUUAAUGAUCCAUAUUAAGAAAGUUAUUAAACCAUUAUUCAAACAAAAGAUCUUUACAUGUGUUCGCAAUUCUUUAGCAUAGUAUCAAAAUCGUAAGA